AUGAUGAAGAGGAAGUAUUGUCGCAAAAGGAAAUCGAGUAUGAUUAUCAAUUUCGUGGCGCUUUGGAUGGAAGCUGUGAAGAUAAAGCAAGAAUUCAGAAGCAAAAGUCUGUUGAAAUCCACUUUCGAAAUCCUUGCUAUGAAGCACAAUUUCGACUACAUCGUGCUCAAAUCGGACACUAGUUUUUGGACAGCUCGGUGUGUGGUCAAAGAAUGCAACUGGCGCGUUCGAGCAGUGAGUCUAAAAGGUACGACCAUGUUUGUCAUCACCAAGUAUGUGGGUGAACACACUUGUGCUCCUUCAGGUAAAGCCAAAAUCGGGAGGACAGCUUCAGCGAAGACAAUUGGCAAUCUCAUUAUGCAGAAGUAUGAAGGUGUCAAAGAAGGACCUAAACCCAAUGAUAUCAUUCAGCUGAUGCGUAUUGAGCACAGAUGCAAGAUCUCUUACGAUCUAGCAUGGGAGGCACGUGAGUUUGCUGUCAAUUAUGUGAGAGGAAUACCUGAGGAGAGUUAUGCAAAAAUACCAAGGUACUUGCACAUGCUAAAAGAAGCUAAUCCGGGUACCCAUACAGCUUUCAAGACGGAUCCUGAUGGUAGUUUCAGAUACAUGUUCAUCUCUUUUGGUCAGUCUAUAAGAGGGUUCUACAAAGCCAUGCGACGGGUAAUCGUUAUUGAUGGUACAUUCUUGAAGAAUAAAUACAAAGGAACACUACUAGUUGCUACAGCUUUAGAUGGUAACUCGAAUUUGUAUCCACUAGCAUUUGGUGUGGUUGAUUCAGAGAAUGAUCUAUCAUGGGAAUGGUUUUUGAGGCAGCUACAUGUUGUUAUUGAGGAUGAUUACGAUCUGGCCUUCAUCUCAGACAGGAAUUUGUCCAUUGGCAGACUACUUCCUAUAGUUUACCAACGAGCUACUCAUGGAAUUUGUAUUCACCACUUGCUGAACAAUGUCAUCUCUUAUCUACAUGGAAAAGGUGUGGCUGCUUUGGUUGCAAAGGCUUCUAAAGCAUACAGAAUUGCUGAUUUUCAGACGAUGAUGACUGAUAUCGUUAAGAACAGACCGGAUGUGGGGAAGUAUCUUGUGAAAGCUGAUGUGAGAAAGUGGGCUCGCUGUCUAUUUGUUGGAUACAGGUAUGAUGUUAGGACAACUAACCCCGCUGAGUCGUUGAAUUCAGCAUUGAGAUCACCUAGAGAGUUCCCGGUAAUCCCUCUACUAGACAGCAUCAGAGAAAUGUUGACAAGGUGGUUCUUUAAGCGUAGAACAUUGAGCUCCAAGCAUACCCACCCUCUAACUUGCUGUUGA